CUGUGCACAAGCCGAGAGGAACCCAGCCAGGGGGAGCCGCAUGUUGCAGCCGCUCUGCUAGGCGCCCAGGGGAGGUGAGGUGGGCCGGCCCUCUGCCAACCUCUGCCUCGUACCAGGAGGUGGCUGGCUGUCACUCAGAGCCUCACCGAGCCAUGCCCAGCAGGGGCCCAGACCAGCCACACCUUCCAGCUGCCCUGCUCACCGCCAGACAGGUGAUCCUGACCCUGUUGGUCCAGGGACCACACCCGGAGAACUACUGUACUAGCAGGGAGAGAGAAUCCUCCUUUUGGAACUGAAACAGGCAGCGUGAAGAUCCAUGUGGAGCUCCUUAACCUGCAGCCUCUCUGACCAUCCAGUUGGCAAGGCCCACAGGCCAUGAGGACUAGUCAAAGACAGUGAGUGGACGUGAAAGGGUAAAUCCCUGUGCCCCGCAGUCUUACCUCCCGCCCUGACGUCCCUGCACAGCAGCCAGAGGGGUAAUCGUAAGCGGGUGCCUGUAUGGCCGCUUUACUGAUGCCACGCAGGAACAAAGGGAUGAGGACUCGACUGGGAUGCCUGUCUCACAAGUCAGAUUCGUGUAGUGAUUUCACAGCUAUUCUUCCCGACAAACCCAACCGUGCUCUAAAGAGAUUAUCUACAGAAGAAGCUACCAGGUGGGCAGAUUCCUUCGAUGUACUUCUCUCCCAUAAGUAUGGGGUGGCUGCAUUCCGCGCCUUCUUGAAGACGGAGUUCAGCGAGGAGAACCUGGAGUUCUGGCUGGCCUGUGAGGAGUUCAAGAAGACCAGGUCAACUGCAAAACUGGUCUCCAAGGCGCACAGGAUCUUUGAGGAGUUUGUGGAUGUGCAGGCUCCGAGGGAGGUAAACAUAGACUUCCAGACUCGAGAAGCCACGAGGAAGAACAUGCAAGAACCAUCCCUGACUUGCUUUGACCAAGCCCAGGGAAAAGUACACAGCCUCAUGGAGAAAGACUCCUACCCCAGGUUCCUGAGGUCCAAAAUGUACUUAGAUUUGCUGUCCCAAAGCCAGAGGAGGCUCAGUUAGACCUCAGAUGGAGACUCGUGGAGAUCGCCAGCUUUCCCCCUCUGUUUGCUGCCCAGACCAUAUCUAAUGUGAAAUGUCAUAGGUGUUCAAAAGCAGUGGCAGGUUGGGAGGCUGGGGGUGACAAAAGGAUGAAGGGCCAUUCCAAAGUGUGAUCCAGCCACUGGAGCAUGGACUCUAUUCUGUUCGCCCAUGUUUGUGUUUUGGUGAGUGGUAGCACCUUGCCGCUGUCACCCUUCUCUGGGUCAGCAGCUUGCCCCCCAUAAUGCCCUGGGUCAUCCCCAUUGAGAAGGCAGAUCUGCUAUGCUGGGCUAAUCUGUAAAUAAUGCAAAUGCAGUUUCCACCAAUUCCAUGCCCUCCUCAGAUAGGAUUCCUGACUCUCCAACUCGUUUUAUGCCCCUGUGAGGAAUAUCUGGAAGACUCUGGCUCACAUUUGUGAUUUGCUCUCACAAUGUAAUGGCCAGUCUGGGUGCUGGGACUUUGCAGUUUAGGAGAGAGGACUCUGUGGAAUCCCAGGUUUCUAGCACUGACAUUGACAGGUGGCCUCUGGGAAAAGGGGCAAAUGCUAUGGAGUUGGCUGUUUUUUCCAUUUCCAUUGGACCAGUGUGAAAAGCUGUGAUCACUGCCCAUCUUAGACUAUGAAAUUCACAAAACUACCCUACCCUUGAAAUUCCAGAAAGGGUCUUGGGAGAUACCCUU